UUAUUUUUAUGUUCCAUGGACUCUGCCGAAGAUAUUUUUUAUUCAACACUAAAUUUAGAAGAAACACAUUACCAAGAAGGUUACGCAAAAGGCUACAACCACGGCACAACGCUCGGCAAAGAAGGAAGGGAAGUGGGUCUUAAAAGGGGUUUCGAAACAGGCGAAGAGCUCGGUUUCUACAAGGGCUGCGUCGAUGUCUGGAAUUCCGCCAUCCAAGUCGAUCCGACCCAAUUCUCCACUCGGGUUCAAAAGAACAUUGACCAGAUGCUGGAACUAAUCCAAAAGUUCCCUGUUAUGGAUCCAGAAAACGAGAGUAUCCAAGAAAUAAUGGAAGCUUUGAGGCUUAAGUUUAGGGUUAUCCGUGCAGCUUUGGGUGUUAAAUUGGAAUAUAAUGGGUACCCAAAACCUAAAGACAUUGAAUUUUGAUUUCAACCCCUUUUUUUUUGGCAGAUCUUAAGCAAGUAGAAAGAGGUGGAGGAGAA